UGUGUGAAUUAGGUGCAACUAAACGGAAAGGCUAUCGUUGCCACGUCACACUCGCAAAUGAAGUUUGGUAGGCAGGCCUAAAACAAACUUGGAGCAAUGCGCAGCUGUGGAGUGUCGCUCUUGUGCUUUCUCAUCACUUCACCCCAUUUUCUGCAUCUCUACCACGGAGACACGGAGCACAACACACACACACUCUCUCUCUUCUGCUUUGACCCCCGCAUUUGCUCCCUCUGAGAUGUCGUCGACGGCGUACUCGGGCCGGCGAGCGGAGGCUGCCGAGGAGCUUCACCGGCAAGAUCGAGCCCAAGAAGCUCGGCCUCAGCCUCCUCGCCGGUGGAUGCCUCGCGCUCCUCACCUACGUCUCCCUCGCCAAGCUCUACUCGCCUGUAUUCGGUGCGUACCCCGAUCCAAUCAAGCAUUCUCGACUAGCUUUCCUUUCCGAUCUAGCUUAAUUUGAGCUGCUCCCCUCAGCCAUGCCUCCUUUGCUUUAAUUUAAUUGCUCCAAGUAUCGGGAUGUAUCUUUCCCUUCCAUGAAUACGAGUUGGAGCCGGUUGGUGCGUAUCCUUCCACUCCGCGAAUACGAAGAUCGAGCCGGGGGCUUCGUUGCGUGAAAGUAACGCGACCGAUUCGAUUUCCAAUUGAUUUGAACCGACCCGAAUUUGGACGGGUUUCGUUGCGUGAAAGUAAAGCAACCAAUUCGAUUUCGAUUCCAAUUCCAAUUCAGAUGUCCAUAUAUUCUCAGAAUUCCGGGACCCAGAUCCAAACUCUGUCUCCGAUUCCCUGAGCAACACAGCGAACGAAAACUCCCCGCGCGCGAGCGAAAACACCCAGCUUUCCUCGAGCCGCCGUUCGCAAAGCCGCCAUGCCGAGUCGUCGCCGCCGCAACCGCAACCGCAUCCUCUCCUGCGUCGGCGCAGCUUCGGUGGGCGCGCUGCUCUUUUUCGGCGCCCAGAGCAGCAUCGGCCUCGGCGGCGGUACUUGGCCGCAGCAGCAGGACCAGCUCUUCCGGUCGCCGGGGCCACCGCCGCCGGAAACCCUAAUGUCGAUGCCGCGCCAGACGUCAGAGGCCGAUCUGUCCUUCGCGCGGCGCCUACUACCCAUCCGCCGCCACUCCCAGCCGCAACUCCGGGAGGAUGCCGUCCUCCUCCCAGACCGGGAGGUUCUCGUCCUGUCCGCUGACCCUGCCGUGGGGAACGCCAUGUGCGUCUUCCAGGGUGGGGCGUCCUCCCCGGCGCGCGCUCUCGGGAGGCUGCCGGGGCCCGGGCGCCACGCCUACCUCUGUCCCCUGCCCGGCUCAGAGCAGCCGCUCCAACCCCCGCCCCUGCUGCUUUCAUCUUCCUAUUCCUCCUCCUCGGCUGCUCCCCCUGCCACUGCCACUGCCCCUGCCCCUGCCCCUGCCCCUGCUGCCGAUUUCCGUAAGUUGCUCAAUUGGAACGAAAGUCUCGUGUUUGAUUCCGCCCCUCUCCCCGGAGGCGAUCUUCUCCUCUUCGCCAAGGGCACGAACCACCGCCAAGGGGUCAUCAACACUGCCACUUCCAACAUCCAGUGUGUCUACAGCAGAGACUCCGAUGGCAUGGUCGCCUCCUUCCCCGCCACCACUUCAGCCCAGCAGGUGAUCAGGUGCCCCCCUCCACAGGCUCCUUUCAAUUCCAGCAACCUCCAUGUCACUGUAGCCCUCAACGGCCAGGAGCCUUUACCCUCACUUGCUACAUACAAUCCACAAAACACUGGCCUGUCUGAGACGCGUGAAAGGAAAUCGAUCUGUGCCUGCACAAUGGUUCGAAAUGUUGCCAAGUUUCUGCCUGAAUGGGUGAGGUACCAUGCUGCAGUGGGUGUUGAAAAGUUCUUUCUAUACGACAAUGCAAGCGAGGAUGACCUAGCAGGCCAGGUCUCGAGUUUGAACUCUGCUGGCAUUGAUAUCUCCACCGUGGUGUGGCCCUGGACCAAAACGCAGGAAGCAGGGCUUUCUCAUUGCGCAGCCUCGAAUCAACCUUCCUGUGAAUGGAUGGCAUUUAUGGACGUAGAUGAAUUCAUGUUUUCACCAAACUGGAACGAGGUCGAGAAGCCUUCGAAAUCGUUGCUCGAGUCGGUUGUUUCCGUUGAUCCGGAGGUUGGCCAGAUAUUCCUCCCCUGCUACGAUUUUGGUCCCUCUGGCCAAACAGCACAUCCACAGGAGGGGGUGUGCCAAGGCUACACCUGCCGGCUGACGAGAGCUGAGCGUCACAAAUCAUUGGUCCGCCUUGACGCGGUGGCAGAUUCGCUUGCAAAUUCUGUACACCAUUUUACACUAAAGCCUGGUUUCCAGAAAUUGUGGACCACUUUGGCUCGCAUAAACCACUACAAGUAUCAAGCUUGGACAGAAUUCAAAUCUAAGUUCAAACGACGCGUGUCAGCAUACGUGGCAGAUUGGACAGAUCCCGUUAACCUGCAAUCCCAUGACCGGGCCCCCGGGCUGGGAGUUGAUCCUGUUGAACCAGUUGGCUGGGCGGAGAGCUUUUGCGAGCUUAAGGAUUAUACAAUGAAGAAACUAAGUGAGAAGUGGUUCGGAAUUGGGUCUGGAGGCCGUGGAGCAACAACAGAGUUCAACUCUAACGGUGACAUUGCUCCCUCCCCCUCUCUUCCAUAGCUUAUAGUAGUAAUAUAAAAUAACUAAAGCUAGUAUAUAAAAAACACUCAACUUGCCAAAAAAAUAAAAAAUAUAGCCCUUAACUUGAUUAGUAUACACAUUUUUACAAAGAAUCAAGGCAUGCCAUUUUUACUAUUUAUACCUGCAUAUUAGAAAUGUCAUUGCUAACAUCAGUAUGUUCUCCUUGCAGUUUUUUCAGCCAUUCCCUGUCAGACAGUAAACUGCACUUGUUUUCUUCAAAUUGAGCUAGCUUAGGAUUUCUGGCCAAUGAUGAUAUAUUCUUGUUAAGCUGUUGCAAAUUGACCUCUGCAGCAGUAUGCACUGAUGCACCAUAUUUACCUUUUGGUUUUAUUGUUUUUUGCCACCUGAUGCUCCUUUUGCUGAAAGUGUAAAAUCCACAAGGCAGACACGUCAGGAAUUUGUUUCUCUUUCGACUUUACUUGGUUCAAAUGAUUAAAAGCAAUCAAUCUGAGGCGGAUCAAAAUUUUGCAUGGUCUCUUCGGUGCAAAUGAUAUAUAUGAAUUAAUCUAAGGCAUUCUUUUUUCCUGGAUGUUCUUUUCUCGUGCAAAGGACGUGCAUGAAUCCAUCUGAAACUCAUCGGCUGGUAGAGCCUUGUGCAGCAUAAAAUCUGAGGCCAGAUGUAGCUUAGCUCUUUUUGUUUCACUUUUGUUGUUUGAGGUUCAGUUCUUUUGACUGCACGGUAGUUUCUGGUUUUGCAUGAGGUUAUUGUUGUUUUUUACAGGUUAUUGGCGUGCUCCUGUUCGGUUGGCGUCACCUGUUCUUCUGGGUGCAGGUACGGUACAUUUGGGAUGUUGAGUAUUCAUUUUUAUUCUUAUUCUUUUGAUCUCUUGACUUGUUAUUUUGCAGUUGUAGUUUGGUGGGCGCCGGUGGCUGCUGCUGCCGAAUAUCGGUAUUUCGGUGAGCUAUUUCUUUUUCUAGAUGUCUAGGUUCUUCAGUAUUUUAUGGUUGGAGUUUUUUGCGGUUUCUGAUGGAUUACAAUUUUCCCCUGAGAUCCCACUCAAUGCUUUUGUUGGGAAGGAGGCCAAUUGAGAAGAUGGCUCCAUCUCAAUGCCAAUCAAUUGUUACAUGGGUACACAUUAUUCUGUUAUGCAACAUUCUGAAAAAAUAGCUAGAAUCAGCCCAUUUAAAGAGUGGACCAUUUUACUGUCAAUAUGCAUAGAUUAGAUUACAUCUGAUUUUCACCGCCUGAAUUGAGGCAAUUUGCAUUUAUCAAAUCCAUUAACAUAUUUGAGAUGAAAUGCAGGCCAUGCCUCAGCUAAUUGACAGAUCAAAGCUCCCAAUCAUAAUUGACCCCGUGAUCAAGAGCACGAUGGACCUGAAGCACUUGUACCAAGUCGCUGCAGUGGCUGUGAUCUGUGUGCAGCCAGAACCAAGUUAUAGGCCACUAAUCACAGAUGUGCGCCACUCUCUGAUUCCCCUGGUGCCCAUGGAGCUCGGAGGGACACUGAGGGCCACCUUGGAAUCGCCUCGUGUAUCACAACAUCGUUCUCCCUGCUGAGAAAUAAAUAAAAAGAGAGAUAUGAUCAGAACAUGGUGAUACAGUGGGCUUGCACCAUCCAAAUGUUUCAGAUAGCUUGUGAUGUUGAGUGCAGAUUAUUGUUUGUCGCUCCAGUUGCCUUCCUUGGUGCUUGUCUGAGGAUGUGUUCCCCAGCCUUGUGACCUACCUAUACUUGUUAGUUGGAUCGAUAGAGUUUUCAGGUUUGUGGAGAAGAGGAUCACACAUAUGAUAUUCCUUGCUGUAUAGAGAAUUCAUCUGUAUUUCCCCCCUUCUUUUUCUUUUUCCUUUGCUCGAAAAAACUGCUGUAUAGAUUAAACAUUUUCAUACAAUGAAAGAAAUAUUUGCCCCA